AUGUCCAAAAGUGAAAUAGAAGAAGAAAGGAAACGUAUCCUUUAUAUCAACGGAGCUGAAAUAAAUGACACUUAUAAAUACCCCACAAAUUACGUAAGCACCACAAAAUACAACGUUUUUACGUUCCUGCCAAUAAGUUUAUUUGACCAAUUCAAGCGUAUUGCGAACAUUUACUUUCUAGUUACAGCAAUUCUUCAGUCAAUUCCUCAGAUUUCUCCUUUAAAUGCUUUUAGUGCUAUAGCUCCAUUAGUGUUUGUAUUAGCUGUUAGUAUGAUCAGAGAAGGUGUAGAAGAUUAUUUACGCUAUAAAUCAGACCAGGAAACAAAUUCUACUAAAACCCUUGUCUAUAAUAAAGGUUCAUUUGAAGAUGCUACUUUUAAAGAUGUACAGGUUGGAGAUCUAGUCAAGGUGCUAAAAGACGAGUCUUUCCCCUGCGAUUUAGUCAUGCUUUCAAAUUCAAGCGAAAAUGGUAUCGCUUAUAUUGAAACGUCUACUCUAGAUGGCGAAAAAGCCCUUAAACAGCGACAAGCUUUUGGACCCACCUCAGAAAUCGUUAAAGAUACAGGGAUUAUUCGGGUUUUUAGCAUGCUUGAAUGUGACACUCCAAAUCCUCGGAUUUAUCAAUUCAGCGGCGCUAUUGAGUACGAAAAUAAAAGGUAUCCAUUGGAUAAAAGCCAAGUUUUACUUGGAGGCGCUUUUUUGAGGAACACAAGCUGAGCGAUUGGGGUUGCUGUUUACACAGGAAAUGAUACGUAGCAAUUAAUUAAGUACUUAAGAGUCUAACGCUACAAUCCCAUAGGGCCUGAGCAAAAAUGGUUAUGUCAUGAAUAUUUCUGAUCCAAAAGGUUAGAGUAUCCAAAUAAACCGUAUGACGCCUUACCACCGUCUCUCACCGCACGAUGCCGUCACCCUACCCAGGCUCAGCUCUUGAAAAUAUUCCUCCUAAGGGUACCUUCCUCAGCUGUGCUGAGUGGAUAAGCCCUAGGCAUCUUAAACUCACUUAGAUCAGCUCUUCUGCCUUAUGCGACUAGAAAAUCAACCGCUGUUUCUGUGCAGAAGUUCUCUGAUCAAAUGAUGAAGAGAAAAUUAUCAGAGCUAAUUUCUCUCCAUCCGAAUAUCAUUUUAUUUAUUACAGAAAAUGAUACAAAAUUGAGGCAAAAUUUGAUGGGGAGGAGAUUUAAGCAGAGCCAAGUAGAAAGAAAAGUAAAUCGAUACAUUAUUUAUAUCAUUGGGAUUCAAUCACUAAUGUGCCUUGCUACUGCAAUUUUAGAAGGACUAUGAACCAGUAAACACUGGGAAAAGCAUGAAUAUCUCCACGGUUUAGAUUAUUCUGCAAACAUGCAAGGGUUUUUAGGGUAUUUUACGUAUUUUUUAUUAUUAAACACGAUGUUGCCUAUUUCCCUUAUAGUUUCUCUUGAAAUUCUUAAGGUUGUACAAGGCUAUUUUAUGAGCAAAGACAGUGAAAUGUAUAGCAAACUCAGGGAUCGGCCAUGUAAGGUCUCUUCAUUUAGCUUAAAUGAAGAGCUUGGCAUGGUCCAGCAUAUUUUUUCUGAUAAAACUGGGACUUUGACUUGUAAUAGAAUGGAAUUUAAAUUUUGUACAAUUGGGACCAAAAUGUAUGGGGAUAAUAGAAGCCUUAUGAAUUUAGAAUACGUCCAAAAACCUAUACUAUUUAUAUAAAAACAGCUGAAAUUUAAGAUUAAUAGGACCUUUCUAUUAUUUAUUAUAAAAUAAUAUAGCUUUUCUAAUAAAGAAAUUGCAUUUUCCUUUGACACCAAAGUGAUUGAGCACGACACUUUUUUUUCCAAGGUUCCGAUUGCUAUAAAACCUAUAAAAAUUACCCAAAAUUUUGAGCUGCAAAACCAGCAGCAAAUUAAUGAAUUUUUUUUAAGGUGUCUUUCUCUCUGCCAUGAAUGUCUUAUCGAAAAUAAUGACUCUGGAGCGAUUUCCUAUGUCGGACAAAGCCCAGACGAAAUUGCCUUAGUUGACAGUGCUAGCCGAAUUGGCUUUAAAUACACAAAAAUAAAGGACGGAAUCGUCGAUCUACAAGUCGGGACUGAUUUUUCUAUAGAAAAAUACGAAAAAAUCUGCACCCUUGAAUUUGACUCAGACAGAAAAAGAAAUUCCAUUAUUGUAAGGGAUUUAUCUACAAAUAAAAUCUUUUUAUUUAUUAAAGGUGCUGAUGAUAUGAUUAAAACAAAGCUGUCAGGAAGCAGCAGCAAAGAAAUAUUUGAAGCAGUUUCUGCGAAUUUACAGACCUUUGCAGAAAGAGGGUUAAGGACUCUUAUGCUCGGUUUUCGGAUUAUUGAGGAAAAUGAGUUCAGCGCUUGGAAAGCAAAAUAUGACGUAGCCAGUACUUCAAUUGAGGGGAGGAACCAAAAAAUUAGCCAAGUCGCUGAUGAAAUAGAAAAAAAUAUUUUUUUAUUAGGAUGCACAGCUGUAGAGGAUUCUUUACAAGAAGAUGUGCCUAAAACUAUUAAUGAUUUGCUGGGUGCUGGGAUUAGUGUGUGGAUGCUGACUGGGGAUAAACUGGAAACUGCAGAAAAUAUUGGAAAAACCUGCUCGUUAAUUGACGCGAAUACUACAAUAGAAAGAUGUUCGUCUGGGGUUUUAGAUAUUUGUUAUGGAAAAAUGGUAGAAAUUAAAAAAAAAUUUAAAGAGUCAAUAAAAUCAGGAAAACCUGCGGCGCUAAUAAUACAAGGAGAUUCCCUUGAAAUUAUCCUAUUUGACUGCAAAAACCCUGAAAAAGUAUCAAAAUAUCCGGAAUUGUCAGGCACAGCUGACUCUAUACAAAAAGCGACAAAAAUCCAAAAAAUGUUCUUACUCCCCCCCCCCCUCCGUGAGCGAACAAAAAAAUUUUUGUUCGCUCACGGAGGGGGGUAAUUUUUUUUUUUUAAAAAAAAUUUAUAUAUAAAUUUUAUAAAAAAUAUUUUUUUUCGAAAUUUAAAAAAAUCCUAAUUUGCAAAAAUUGGGAAGCAAAUAUUAAUUUAAUUUGCAAAAUUUAUGUUUUUUAAAACGCAAUUUGUUUAAAAUUAAACAGAAUUAGCUCUAGAUUUCAUUAUACUAAUUAUCACUUAUAUAUAUCAAAAUUUUUUUCCAUUAAAAUUUUUUCUAUUAAAAAAAUUUUUGUUCACUCACGGAGGGUGGGUUUUUGGUCAAAAAAUGGCGAUUUUUCUAAUGGUUUUGUUCGCUCACGGAGGGGGGGGGGGGGGGAGUUAAGAAUUUCGUCGAUGUGCAAAACAGUCAUUUGUUGUAGAGUAACUCCUGGGCAGAAACAAGAGGUCGUAAAAUUAAUGAAAGACCAUUGCGGAUAUAUUACUUUAGCUAUAGGAGAUGGAGCCAAUGAUGUAGCUAUGAUCUUAGAAGCACAUGUAGGGAUUGGUUUAUAUGGCGAAGAAGGCAUGCAAUCUGUACAAGCCAGCGACUAUGCUAUAGGUGAAUUUAAAUUUCUAUGAGAAUUAUUGUUAAUCCAUGGCAGGUUUAACUAUCUCCGCCAAAGCGAAAUGAUUAUGUAUUUUUUUUACAAAAAUUUAGUCUUUACAAUCCCUCAGUUUUUUUUUGCAUUUUAUUGUGCUUAUAGUGGCCAAACAGUUUAUGACGACUGAUAUAUAACGUUUUACAAUAUGGUUUUUACAGCUUUACCUUUAAUUGUAAAAGCCUUAUUAGAAAUUGAUAUUAUCAUUCCUAGGCGAAAUGAAGUGCAGUCCAUCGCCAGUAUGAAUAGUACUGAAGAUAACCCAUUAAGGUCGACGCAUCAUAAUAAAAUUAGGGAUUUGGUCCCAAAAUGUUACAAUACAGGACGAUUAAAUGAGAUUUUUACACCUUAUAAUUUUUCUAUAUGAAUUGGCAACGGACUUUUCCAUUCAUUUAUUGUUUAUUUUAUCCCUUUUUAUGCAGCUGAGUAUGGAAUGUUGACUGAAGAUGGCUUAAACCACGAUUUGUGAUCAUUUUCUAUUACUUCUUUUUCCUGUGUGAUUUUAAUUGUAAAUUUGAAGCUGUCGCUACAUACGAGACAUUGGACUGUUUAUAGCGUUUUUUCUAUAUGUAUACUAAGCUUGCUGCUGUAUUUUGGGUUUAUUCUUGUAUAUGAUAGUUUAACGGAGCUGCCAGACUAUUUAUCGAUUUUUCAGAUUAUUGAGUCUCCUUAUUUUUAUUUAAGUAUUUUUACGACGCUUAGCCUGGUUGCGAGUAUUGAUGGUGGGAUUCAUUUUUUCAGAAGAAUUUUCCAUCCGUCGAAGCCUGAAAUCCUAAUGAAUUAUGCGUUAAAAGCUAAAAAUUUAUCGUCAGUUAUUCCUGCAGAAAAUUUAUCAUCUUAUAGGCAGGUUUCUCAGGGUUAG